AUGGCCGAUCCAGGCCCCUCUACGAACACAGGGGAACCGACCCCUGCCCCGCAACCAGUGCAGCAAACUCCUGCCUCCAUCAAUGCGCUCUCAGAGAUUUUUGGCUUCAUCAAUCAUCCUGACGCCGCUGCUACAGCGGCGCGCGCCGGCUCUACACAACGCAAAGGCACAAAAGCUUCUGCACGACUCAAAGGCAAAGCUCCCGCAGUCCCUCCCCCCUCGAAAUCUUCUGUUCCCAAUGCGUACCCCGCUGGUCUCGGCCAUUCCGCGAAUCAGGGUCUCGGAGGUCCUCUGGCGUUGGUCCCGUUCGACCUUACGAUCCACCACCGAUAUCCCAACGGUCUCACGAUCAAGCCAUACAAGGAUGUGGACCAAGAUUGGAUGGGUUCAGUCUGGACCAGUUGCUAUCACAAAAUUCCAGGCGAACCUGGAUUUCAAGCCGACCACGUUGUCUUGUAUCUCCGUGAAUUCUGCUUUCCUCCCAAGACUGUAUACAAAACUAGCUGGAGGACGGACGUGGACUUCUCCCAGGAUUCUUUCUAUCUGGAAAAGGAGUACACGGAUUUGGAGAUUGUGCAAUCCGUCAGGGAUCAUGACACCGAAGUGAAAGGUUCGAAGCUUUCAUCCCUGGGUACAUCCAAAGCUGCAUCUGUGCUGUCGAUGAAGCUUGGCGCCACAAAGCCAGACGUCUGUCUAACAGGGUAUCACAAUGGCAAUCUCGCGGAAGAGACGUGUCGAAAAGAGCCCGCGGGCGGCGGAAAUCUGGAAGAUACCGAUCGCCCCCUCGAAGCCCUCUACGCUAUCAUCGAGCUCAAGUGGGUCCCUUGGCCAGGAGAAAGUAGGCUCAAUCUACGGAACCUCGAUCUACACCUCAACGACCUCGACUACGCAAACAUGGAGGCUAUCACUCAGACAAUCUUCUACAGCCUACUUGGUUAUGACGUUUCAAAGUGUCGUUCGGCUAUGGCAUUGGUCAACGGGGAUUACACUCGUAUCAUGAACCUGUCUGAUCUGGUGCCAGAAGGAGAAGAGGCAGUCUUGGGGGGCAUGACUCUAGGAGGAGGCGGUGGUCGGAGAAUCUUGGUCGAAGCCGAUCCAGAUGUUGUCAACAAGUUGAGGUACCACAAAGUUCCUUGCCUGUCCCCAGAGCAAUUCGGCGAACUCGCGGCAGGAGUUUCUUCUCUCGGUAUCCAGUGGAAAGCACCAAAUUCCCUCAUCGCAAAUUACGAGAACUGGGCUUUGGAUGUAGAGGCUAAGGAGCGCCUCGAUGCCACUGUAUAUCUGAACCUCGCCCUCGCUACUCACCAUCCGGAGGCCGUCCAAGACUCCCGCAUCAGCAAUCAUCCCCUUACGAACGUCAUCGGCGCGAACACCUCCAAGAAAGAGGCAUAUCAGUGGCUCGAUGUGGGGGUGAAGAGAGUUACAUAG